UACGCCUGGAUUUCAAGAGAGCUAAACGCACGACGAAGGUGAACGAUAAGGGAGGAAAUUGGAAAAGGAAAAAAGAGGACUCUACAAGAAAUAACAGCAGUGCCUCGGAAACAAACAACAACACAUACGCCUUGAUUGCAAGAAUAAGAAUGUAUUCUAGCCUGUAUAAGUAAACAAAAUUAUGAUUUCAUUGGUGCACUGUGCUUAUAGCCUUCUAUUCUAAAUUCGUAGGUGACAAUUAGCUAAGAUAAAAACCGGCUUGGGCUGCUACUUCUCGCUUACAAAGAGAGAAUGUCCGACAAGUAUGGAUGUUAGAACAGAAAUUAAAACCAGCUAGCGUUAUAAACGGCCAGAGGAGAUCCAAGGGUGUAAAAUAAGAAGACCGACUAGAAGCUGUCAAAAGCAUGGAUUUUAGUGUGCUUCGGAAUCUCAUCACCAGAUUCUGUGCGGGAGAAGAGAACUGGGUGGACAGUCGGACAGUGUACAUCGGUCAUCGCCAACCCCCCCCGGGAGCAGAGGCGUACAUCCCUCAGCGGUACCCCGACAACCGCAUCGUCUCCUCCAAGUAUACCUUCUGGAAUUUUGUUCCGAAGAACCUGUUUGAACAGUUCAGAAGAAUUGCCAACUUCUACUUCCUCAUCAUAUUUCUGGUUCAGCUGAUCAUCGACACGCCCACCAGCCCCAUCACCAGCGGCCUGCCCCUGUUCUUCGUCAUCACCGUCACCGCCAUCAAACAGGGCUAUGAGGACUGGCUCAGGCACAAGGCAGACAACGCUAUCAACCGAUGUCCUGUCCACGUCAUCCAGCAUGGCAAGGUGGUGAUGAAACAGAGCCGCAAACUACGGGUUGGCGAUAUUGUCCGGGUGAAGGAAGAUGAAACUUUCCCCUGUGACCUCAUCCUUCUGUCCACCAGCCGAGAGGACGGAACGUGUUUUGUCACGACAGCCAGUUUGGAUGGGGAGUCCAGUCACAAGACGUACUACGCAGUGCCGGACACGCAGGCCUUUAAAACAGAGGAGGACUUGGACAGCUUGCAGGCCACCAUCGAGUGCCAGCAGCCGCAGCCUGACCUCUACAAAUUUGUUGGGCGCAUCAAUAUUUAUCAAGACAGAAACGAACCUGCUGUGAGGCCUCUAGGGUCAGAGAACCUGCUACUGCGAGGAGCCACACUGAAAAACACUGAAUGUAUUUACGCUGUCGCCAUCUAUACGGGCAUGGAGACCAAGAUGGCGCUGAACUACCAGUCCAAAUCCCAGAAGCGCUCUGCUGUGGAAAAGUCAAUGAAUGCCUACCUGGUAGUCUACCUGUGCAUCCUGAUCAGCAAAGCUCUGAUCAAUACUGUGCUGAAGUACGUGUGGCAGGCCAACCCGAACCGAGACGAGCCCUGGUACAACGAGAGGACGGAAUCGGAAAGGCAGCGGCACGUGCUGAUCAGAGCUUUUACGGACUUCCUGGCCUUCAUGGUGCUUUUCAACUACAUCAUCCCCGUGUCCAUGUACGUCACCGUGGAGAUGCAGAAGUUCCUGGGCUCCUACUUCAUCACCUGGGACGACGAGAUGUUCGACGAGGAGCUGGGGGAGGGGGCGCUAGUGAACACAUCCGACCUCAACGAAGAGCUGGGACAGGUGGAGUAUGUCUUCACAGACAAGACGGGGACGUUGACGGAAAACAACAUGGAGUUCAUCGAGUGCUGCGUGGACGGGCACAUCUAUGUCCCCCACGCCAUCUGCAAUGGGCAGAUCAUGCCUGAUUCCUGCGACAUCGACAUGAUUGACUCCUCGCCUGGAGCAGGAGGGAAGGAGCGGGAGGAGCUGUUCUUCCGCGCUCUCUGCCUCUGCCACACCGUGCAGGUGAAGGAGGAGGAGACUGUCGACGGUAUCAAGAGGGGUAUCCACCAGGGCAAGUCCACCUCCUUCUACAUCUCCUCCUCCCCCGACGAGGUGGCGCUGGUGGAGGGCAUGAAGAGGCUGGGGUUCACCUACCUGCGGCUGAAGGACAGUCACAUGGAACUCCUCAACAGGGACGACGAGGUGGAGAGGUUCGAGCUGCUGGAGGUGCUGAACUUCGACUCGGUCCGGAGAAGAAUGAGCGUGAUAGUGCGUUCCACCACAGGCGAGUAUUACCUGUUCUGCAAAGGGGCUGAUUCCGCCAUCUUCCCCAGGGUGAUUUCCGGAAAGGUGGAGCAGGUCCGAGCCCGGGUGGAGCAUAACGCUGUGGAGGGCCUGCGGACGCUGUGUGUGGCCUACAAGACCCUGACGCAGGCGGAGUAUGAAGACGUCUGCCAGCGCCUGAACAGCGCCAAGCUGGCCCUGCAGGACCGAGACCGCAGGCUGGCCGAGGCCUACGACAUCAUCGAGCGCGACUUCAUCCUGCUGGGCGCCACCGCCGUGGAGGACAGGCUCCAGGAGAAGGCGGCGGACACCAUCGAGUCGCUGCACAAGGCCGGGAUGAAGGUGUGGGUCCUGACGGGGGACAAGAUGGAGACGGCGGCGGCCACCUGCUACGCCAGCAAGCUGUUCCGCCGCAGCACGCAGAUCCUGGAGCUGACCACCAAGCGCACGGAGGAGCAGAGCCUGCACGACGUGCUGUUCGACCUGAGCCGCACCGUGCUGAGGCAGCAGGGCAGCAUGCCCCGCGACACCUUCUCCGGCCUCUCCAACAACUUCCACGACUACGGCCUGAUCAUCGACGGGGCCACGCUGUCGGCCGUGAUGAAACCGGCGCAGGACGACAGCUCGGGGAACUACAAGGAGAUCUUCCUGGAGAUCUGCCGCAACUGCAGCGCCGUGCUCUGCUGCCGCAUGGCGCCCCUGCAGAAAGCACAGAUAGUGAAGUUGAUCAAGACAUCGAAGGAGCACCCUAUCACUCUUGCCAUUGGGGAUGGAGCCAAUGAUGUCAGCAUGAUCCUGGAGGCCCACGUCGGCAUAGGAAUUAUGGGUAAAGAGGGCCGUCAGGCUGCGCGGAAUAGCGACUAUGCAAUCCCCAAGUUCAAACACUUGAAGAAGAUGCUGCUUGUCCACGGUCACUACUACUACAUUCGAAUUUCUGAGCUGGUACAGUACUUCUUCUACAAGAAUGUCUGCUUCAUCUUCCCCCAGUUUCUGUACCAGUUCUUCUGCGGCUUCUCCCAGCAGCCUCUCUACGACACAGCUUAUCUCACCCUGUACAACAUCAGCUUCACCUCCCUGCCCAUCCUGCUGUACAGCCUCAUAGAGCAGCACAUCAGCAUGGACAUCCUGAAGAAAGAUCCGUCUCUGUACAGGGACAUCGCCAAAAACUCCCUCCUGCGUUGGCGGAUUUUCGUCUACUGGACGUUCCUGGGAGUCUUCGAUGCAGUAGUGUUCUUCUUUGGUGCUUACUUCCUGUUCGACAACACCACUUUUACCAGCAACGGUCAGCUAAUGACUACAAACACACAGAUGAUGUUUGGGAACUGGACCUUCGGAACACUUGUCUUCACCGUGCUGGUAUUUACAGUCACGCUUAAGCUGGCCCUGGACACGCACUACUGGACAUGGAUCAACCACUUCGUCAUCUGGGGCUCGCUGCUUUUCUACGUGAUUUUCUCUCUGCUGUGGGGUGGAAUCAUUUGGCCGUUCCUGAACUACCAGAGGAUGUACUACGUGUUCAUGCAGAUGCUGUCCAGCGGGCCGGCCUGGCUGAGCAUCAUCAUGCUCGUCACCGUGUGUCUGCUGCCCGACGUGCUCAAGAAGGUCCUGUGGCGCACCCUGUGGCCCACCACCACCGAGCGCAUCCAGAAUGUUGACAAGCUGUACCGGGGCCACCUGUCUGAGUUUACACCACUGGCCAUGCUCCACGCCCCCGACCGCAAGAGAGGCCACGCCCACAGCGACAGCCACAGAAGGUCUGAGCGCCCUUCCAAAAAACUGAUGUACACCCACUGGAGGGGCGGUGCCGAAUACUACUGCACUUUCGGCUCCUUCCUCGGAUUUGGGGUGAACGGCCGCCACUCCGGGGUGGGCCACACCUACACCGGGGCGGGGCCCGAAACCUCCGUUUGAUCCCUAGACAUUUUGCUUACUCCUACCAAUGCCUUUAACGAGAUAAAAGAGUGCACUCACAAAUUCUAGUCGCCCCGGUCACGUUGCACAUCGCGCUGCUCUUCGAGUGGCGUAAAACCAUUCCUGUAGACACUGUCUGGAACUGUGUGACCUCUGACCUCUGACUCCACCCUUCUGCUCCUUGUGCGACCCCCGGCUCGCCCCCCUGCCGCAUCCUAUCCCAAAUUCCCACCACCCCAGACCCGGACCCCGUUGCUCUACCCUUUCCACUCUGGAUGAUAUUACUUGAAACCAGCGUUGGGGGAGAUGGGAGUUUUUCGCUCAACCAUCUGCGUAGUCGAAGAACAAAAAGAAAAGUGCUGACAAUGUGUACUUUGGUUUUUCAGAGCUGUCCGUGAGUUUGUGCAUCUAUUUUUCACUGACUGGCAUUUUUUUCUUUUUCUCUUUGUUUUUUUCCCCCCCUGUCUUCACUCUUUCUCUUUCCACCUUUCCUGCUUUCUGUAGAGCGAACUGGUGUUGUCUCUGUGCAAAUCUGUUAUGGAGAAACACACCAUAAGAUGCAGUUUCUUUUCUGCUCUUGUUUGUAAGUUGCAAAGUCAGGGCCGUGGACCCUUGGACUAGACCGUGCUUUAAUAGACACCCCAUGCCCAUGUAGUUGAGUAGAGUCCAGCACUGUAGAUGGAUGCCAGGUGGACAAUGCGAUCAUUGCCACUGUGCUCGCUUUCCAUCAUCACUGACUGAAUGGCACCCCGCAAUUUAGGUGACUGUUGACAAAUGAGUGCAUUUCUUGUGUUUCUCCAUAAAUGCAUAUUCAUUUACAUAAAUUGAUUUGUCGGGUUCAAAGGAACAAAUCCUCCCAAAAAAGCAAAACAUCAAUUGUAAUUAUUUUCACAACAUUUUUCAUACGGGGGAGACUAUUUGAUGACUUUUUAACAUUAGUCCCCAUUUUGGAUUGUAAGACAGUUUUAGGACCAAAGCUCCAGAACUGCAUGUGGUCAUGGCAACCAGUUUAUACAGUGUUGUGUGUACUAGGAACCUUGUGUGCGUGUUCCUCCCCAUGCUAUAGCUAAUCAUAAAUCAGAAUUUUUCUUAUUUUAUUUUUUUACACCAGUGCUUAGCAAAGCCUGUGGCAUGGUAGAAAACUCUGUCUGAAGAAGUCUGCCUUAAAACAACAGCAAUUCCUCAGUAUCGAUGAGUAGCCUCUAAGCCAAAGGAAAAAAAUGAGAAGUCGCGCUUUGUUUUUUUUUUUUGCCUUACGCUGGGAGCAGUAGAGAAUCGAGAGAUGUGAAGACCCUGCUGGGCCCAGCCAUCAUGCCUUAAACAAGCUACAGCUCCACCAUUGGAAAAAUAUGUAAAUGAGCAGUAUGGUGAGGAUCACAGUGAACAAAGUCUAGUGAAGGGGGUAGGGGGGUCACCUGACCCUUGGUUAGCUUGGAGUGUGAAGUUCAGAACCUCUUGCUGCAACUCUUCUCCAGAUCGAUGGAAGUACACUUUUUCCUUAACUCUGAUUAAUUUAGUCAACAUUUCAAUUUAAUUUGGAGGAGGAAAAAAAAACAACAAAGGGGUGGGUAGGAAUGAAAUGAGCACUGGACUGAAUGAGUGUGUAGGAAGUCGAUGCGCUUUGUGUUUCAUGUGGAGCUGGGCUUCUGUCCUCCCUCCUCUCCCUUCCCUCUGUGCUCAUGUCUGGAGGGAUCGUUUAGUGCAUUAAAUGCUCAUGUACAUCGCUUCACCAGUGGUGCAGUGUGCUCAUGUACUCCAUUACUCAGCUGUCAUAGGUUCUAUGUUCAUCUCUCUCUCUCAUUCUCUCUCUCUCACGCUCUGUCUUUCUUAAUCACUCACACACACAUACACAUUUAAUCUCUUUUUAGAGUGACUUACAUAAUGCAGUUUACAAGUUCACAUUCUCUCAGCUGGAUAACUACAGAAGGAAGGGUAGCAGUGCCCUACCUGAGCUAAGAAUGGAUCUGGUUAGGUUAUGGAUCUCCUUACCUGUGCCUGUUUAAUACAUGUACAAGGACCACGGUUUAGUGAAUAUGCACAUUGUACAUGUACAAUGGAACAUUGCGGCAAAAUGUAUGUUGUGGCGCUAAGAAGAGCAGUGUUUACCUGUAACAAAACCCAACUAGGUUUUUCAGAAUGACUUUUGUACAGUAUGUAGAAGAGUCACUUUUCAGGUUUGAGCAACCUGUAUUUUCUGUUAUACUUAAUAUAUCACACACGAAUGAAUGUUUUUAAAGAAAAAAGGUAAGUUCUUUGCAAGUUAUAGCUUCUUCCAUUUGCCUUAAUAUGCAUUUAGGUCAAAUUUUCACAAGUCGAAAUUCUAGCAUCUUGUGUCUAUGCUAAUGCUAAGAUCUUGUAUGUAAGGUUGUCUGUCUUUACUGAUUAUAUGCACACCAUGCAUUUUCCAUUUUGGAAAGCUGAGCAAAAUUUGGGCCAUUAUCAUUUGCAUAAAUUGAUGCUAAUGGAAACCUAGCUAGCUUCCUUACCCUGAGUGACCCCCAAAGCAGCUUUGUCCUGCUUCAGCUCCUAUGAGAACUUCUAGUUGAGUCUGUUUGUCUGUUAGUCACACUCUCACUUUUACCUCCAUUCUUUCUUUUAUUUUUCUCUCAUGACCCCCUCUCCUGCUCAUCUCAUAAGCUGUGGUUUGUGAGGGUCACUUUGCAAGGAUGUAGAGUCCUCUGUCCCUCCUCACUGCUGGCCUCCCUCUGCCCAUCUGCUCACUUGAGCCCUCUAGUGGCUCAGAGUGCCACUGCAACACACUGGAAUGGAAUUUAUUACAGGACUACUGAAUGAUGGUGACCACAUCAAAAAAAACAUUUGUUUAUUUUCUUUAGAUGCCCUUAGUGGAUGAAGGGUAGGUGCCUUCUGGCACUGUUUGUAUUGUGUGUAAGUAACUUGGAUGUUACUGAGAUGUCCUGCUCUGCUUCUUUGUUCUUUCAAAAAAUAUUGAUAUAUCUUGUUUUUAGGAGAGAGAGGGUCUUUGUAAAUAGUAAUGUGAUAUAUGAACCCUUCUGCUCUCCAUGGCUCUCCAUGAGAUGUGUUCUAGUUUAACUUUCAAGACGUCAUGGGUACUCAAAAAUGUAGAAAACAAAACAAAACCAAAAAACAUGGUAGAUGGUCAGUCCCAUUAAUUUCAGGCGCUUGAUAGUGGAGGGAAAAUAUUCAUAUUUAAGGUGAAUGGAUGUAUGUAUUUUCUAUAGCGUGUGGGGUAUUUUUGGGGUGGGGGGGCACACGGGCUGUUUUAAAUCUUGAAUGAACAGACCUAAUCAUACGGCAGUGCCACAAUCAGCAAAACAGGACUGUUUCUCAUAUGAAUGGUCAUCUCUGUUAGGCUCUAUACCUGUAAUCGCAAAUGGAUGCACACAAGUAUGUUCUGUAACCUGUUGCCUUGGUCCAAAGCUGUUGUGCUAUUCCGGUUGAAUGUGGUGGUUUAUGGGAGGUUAUGAAUGCAUAUGAUACUGUGUUGUCCUGUAUUUCACUUACAUGUAUGUUUCACAUUCACCACUUGGCACAUUGUGGUCAGGCCGACCUCAUCUACGCUGUCCCGAGCACCGUACGCAAUUAGAGCCAGACACUGGAAGCAAAAGAAAAGUUUGGUCCGCGGAAUGUCAUACCAGAGAGGCAGCGCUUUCCUGCUUUCAUUUAAAGUGCAGCAUUCCACGUUCUCUCUCUUCCGUCAGAGAAAGUGCACCAGACUACACAGAGCUCAGAAAUUCUGAGGGUCUAUUUCCACCAUGUUCAUUCUGGCACAGCAUUUCUGAACACAGAGUUCAGGGCAUUGAAUGUAUUUGGGUUUCCUGAAAGCCGGAUGUGUCUGUUACGAAGAAACAUAAAAUGGUGGUUGGAAACGAAACUGAAUUCCAACCUUGUAAAAAAUUCAUUCAAAUCUUUUUUUAAAAAUGUAUUUGUACACGCUUCUAUACUGUCUUAUAAGGAAUUGCUCCGUAGCUGAACUUGGUCUUAGAAGUAUUUGAGCCUGAAAACCAGUUCAUCACAUCAGUACAUUUGCAUUUGUCUUUAUAAUGGAAUGACUACACAUGCGAUCACCAAAUACUGGCUUCCUGUAUGAACAUUGUUUCUUUUUUUGUUUCAAGAAUGCUGUAUUUUUGAGUAUAAUGUAUAGUAUUAAUAUAAGUCUUUUGUAAAAUCUUAAGAGGACUUUGUUUUCUAUUUUUGUAUCAAGGGGAGGAGAAUGUUGUUAUAUUUAUUUAGAAUAUUAUCUGUAUUUCAGUUUCAUAACAACCAAAUUUACAGGUUGAGGGAAGUUGUAAGAACAGGAAAA